GGAAAACUGGUCGGAAUGAUCCAACUGCCAACUUUACCUCCAUUCCCCCCCCUGCUCGGUAUGUUGAUCGCAGGCCUGGUGUUGCGUAAUGUUCCCUAUGUGACUGAUGCGGUUUAUAUAAACACACACUGGUCUGCUGCUCUGAGGAACAUGGCUCUCUCUAUCAUCCUAACCAGAGCUGGACUGGGACUGGACCCUUCGGCAUUGCGUCGGCUGAAGGCGGUGUGUCUGAGGGUGGCAGUAGGACCCUGCAUCGUUGAGGCCUGCAUAGUUGCUGUGGUUUCACAUUUCCUGCUUGGCCUGCCCUGGGUAUGGGGCUUCAUACUGGGCUUUGUUUUGGCGGCCGUGUCUCCAGCGGUGGUGGUCCCCUCCAUGUUGCUGUUACAGAGGGAGGGUUUCGGUGUGGACAAAGGCAUUCCAACCCUCCUGAUGGCUGCCGGCAGUUUUGAUGACGUCCUGGCAAUCACUGGCUUCUCCACCUGCCUGGGGAUCGCCUUCUCUACUGGGUCAACGUGGAUGAACCUGUUGAAGGGUUUACUGGAGGUGGUCGGGGGAAUGGUGGCAGGGCUGAUCCUGGGCCUGUUCAUAUGGUGCUUCCCCAGCAAAGACCAGGAGGAUGUGGUUGUGCGGAGGUCAGUCAUGUUGUUGGGUCUCUCAGUCUUUGCUGUGUUCUUCAGUCAUGUGGUUGGUUUUGCUGGUGCAGGAGGUCUCUGUACGCUGGUCAUGGCCUUCCUCGCUGCUCUUGGCUGGGGAUCAGACAAGGCUCCUGUUGCUGCCAUGGUGGGGCGGUCAUGGGACGUCUUCCAGCCUCUCCUCUUUGGUUUGAUUGGAGCAGAGAUCACCAUCACCACACUGAACCCCAACACUGUGGGUUUAGGUGUGGCGUGUAUCACUCUGGGUCUGGUGGUCCGUCUGCUGGUGACCUUCCUGCUGGUGCACUAUGGAGGAUUUAACCUGAAAGAGAAGCUCUUCAUAUCUGUGGCCUGGCUGCCGAAAGCCACCGUCCAGGCAGCCAUAGGUUCUAAAGCUCUGGACAUGGCGCGGGAGGAGGGGGAUAAUGUGUUGAUUCAGUAUGGACUGGACGUGCUAACGCUAGCUGUGUUAGCCAUCCUCAUUACUGCGCCUGUAGGAGCCCUGGGCAUCGGGCUAACAGGACCCCGGCUGUUACAGAGACAGGUCAAAGAUGAUUCGGAGGGCGGGGCCAGCUCUCAGAGCAGUGACGUGAUUGGCCAAGAGAAAGACUCUGUGCUCUAUGAGAGGUGCUUUCAAGUAUCUACAGGUCAUCAUCACAUAAAACACACUCAGCUCCUCCAGGAGGACCACACGAGGGCCCCGCUGCUCCUCCAGGAGGACCACAGGAGGGCCCCACUGCUCCUCCAGGAGGACUACACGAGGGCCCCGCUGCUCCUCCAGGAGGACCACACGAGGGCCCCACUGCUCCUCCAGGAGGACCACACGAGGGCCCCACUGCUCCUCCAGGAGGACCACACGAGGGCCCCACUGCUCCUCCAGGAGGACCACACGAGGGCCCCACUGCUCCUCCAGGAGGACCACACGAGGGCCCCACUGCUCCGACUGGGAAACAGUAAGAUAACUGACUGA